AUGACUAUUGUGAAUUAUACAGAGAUUGAUGACACUACUUUUGCCAUUCAAGACUUGACAGAGGUAGAAAAGGAUGAUGUUGAUGAGUUAAUUAUAGACUUAACAACGAACCUGCCAGAUGAUCUAACAAUUGGAUGUCAGUUAAAUGAAUUUAACGACAAAAAUAAUUCUCAAAUAUCUACUGAAGAUAUUCUUGACAAAGAGCAAAUCAUUAACAUUGUGUUAGAUGAACAACAGAAGUUUGAAGAGGGUGAUGCAAGUGAUAGUGAUGUUCCACUGCCUGAAAUUCCUGCCUUAGAAGGCUUGGAUGGUCUAAAAAGAUUCAUUGGCUUUUUUGAGCAACAAGAAAGCCGUGAUUUCAAUACAGAAGAUCUGAAAGAUUGUGUUUUUUAG